AUUAAAAACUAGCAUAGUUAAAUGGAGACAGUGUUAACAGUGUGAGCAUAUUUCCAUACAUAAGUAUGUGUAUGCGCUUGACAAGCAUUUAUAUCAAUAUCAACAUACAUUAGAUAGGAGACCCGGAUAUUCAACUGAUAUGGCCUUUUUUAUCGCUAUAAAGAAUUGAGGAAACGUCGUUAUCAACACCAAAAAUGCCCCGCAGUCCAUCAGCUCCAACACAGACGCAAGUUUCAAGCGCCUCAGAUGCAUCAACAACAGGUGCACCCACCUCUGUUGCGAGUAGGAACUCUCCAAAGUCAGUUAAGAGCGAGCCCCCUUUCUCCACAUUGUCACCAGAUCAAAUCAAAAUAGAGGAUGAGAAAAAUGGUCUAUUAAAUAAUGAUAACAAAAGCAUUGCCAAUCCAUCAGGAAGCAGCAGCUCGGGCGGGGGUGGAAAUAAUAAUUUAUCUGCCGAAGGACAGCCAUCCUCAGUUAACGCCGUUACUCCCAUAUUAAGGCAAAACUCUACAAGCAGCCUCAACUCUCCAAACAACAUGAGCGAACAUUCAAAUAGCAGCACUCUUUCUGCUGCGCUUAACAGCUCUCAAAUGGUCGAAAGUGACCUUGGUAAAGGCAAGCAGGAAGAGAAGAAGGUGCAUGUAAAAGAGGAAGAUGGAGAAAUGGGAUCUAGUAAGGCGAAAGCAACAUCAGCCGUUGCCAUUAAGGAGGAGCCUAACGCCGAUGUCUUAAGCAGUUUGGUGAAUAUGAAAAAGGAAGAAAGAGAUAACUCUCCAAACAUGUCGCCUUUGGGCUUCGGCUCCAUUGGUGGUAAUAUCCAGGACACUGGCGCCAAGACUGUUAAAACUGAAAUGAAUACAACCAGCGGCUCAGAAAAGGCAUCUUCGUCCUCAUUGGCCAUAAAUAACAAUGACGAAAUGGGCAUAGAAAGUUCCAAUUGCAAUAAUCAAAUGAACCCUGAUCUGAACAAUGAAUCUUUGAGUAAUACGCCAAUUUCAAGCAUACUCGCUUUAGGAUCUGGUGUGGGAGUGGGGCCAGGACCAGGAUCUGGCACUGUACCGGGAGGAGUACCAGGUAACAUGACUGCCAACACUUCGAGUGGUGGUAGCAACAACUGCUUGGAUUACAUGCAGCAACAGAAUCACAUCUUUGUAUUUUCCACACAAUUGGCCAACAAAGGUGCCGAAUCGGUUUUAAGCGGGCAAUUUCAAACAAUUAUCGCCUAUCACUGCACCCAGCCGGCCACCAAAAACUUUCUCGAGGAUUUUUUUAUGAAAAACCCCUUGAAAAUGAACAAGUUACAGCAGAGACAUACGUCUUUGGGUAUGCCAUGGAUAGGCAUGGGACCGGGACCGGGAUCAGCAGUUCCCCCUUCCAAGCAGUCACAAAAACCAGCUGGCAAUCUCCUAAAAAAUCAAUAUAAUCCGGGUGAUAAUAAGCGCAACGCCUUUAUCGAUCAUCCGGAUCCCCUGCCAUCAAAUGAAAGCGAUUUAAUGUGUUGGGAGAGUGGUUGUUCCGCACCAAAUGCACGAAGCAGUAAUAUCGAUGUUACCAGCGAAUCACAGGCCAUUAAGAUAUUGGAAGCCGCAGGCGUGGAUUUAGGACAGAGCUCCUCAUCAAAGACUGGUAACAUCAACGAUCCGAGUCAUGAAAAUAACAUUAUAUCGCUGCAAGGAGUCAAGGUUCCGGAUGAGAAUCUAACGCCGCAACAACGUCAGCACAGAGAGGAGCAGUUGGCCAAGAUUAAAAAAAUGAAUCAAUUUUUAUUCCCCGAGAAUGAGAAUACCAUGGGUGGUGGAACGAAGAUGCCCAACGAACUAAUAAUGGGCAUUCCAGGUGCAGCAGGAGGAGCAACUGGUGCAGCAGGUGGUUCCAUCAUAAAUUCUCAAAUGCGACAAUUGAAACCAGAGCACCACAUCAUGACCACGGAAGAUGUCUUAUUGCCUGGUGAUGUUAUUUCCGAUAUGGGAUCUGUAAUAGGCUGCGGGGAAAAAAGCAACCUGCCAUGUGGAGGACCAGGAUCAGGGUCAGGAUCAGGCGUGGAAGCAGUGAGAGGAAUGGUGAACUCAAACGAGCUAAUGGCCUCGUUUGGCAAUGAUAUAUCAAAGGAUCUACUUUCGAACCAGGAACAAAGUUUAACGCAACCGCAUCCUCAUCAACCAGGCGGUGGAGCAGGAAUUGCUCAUAUGGAAUGGCCUAAGAUACAACAGCAGUUUUUCGAAGAUCGUUUAAAGAGUGGGAAAGGUAGACCAGUGACUGGAGGAGCAGGAGGACAGCAGCUGCAGCAACCUUCUAAUCCUAUCGGCCAGCGCUCCUUGCAGGGACCACCGCCGCCAUAUCAUUCCACACAAAGAUCGGCCUCCGUGCCGAUAGCCACACAACAAUCGCCAAAUCCUUCGAGCCCGAAUAACUUAUCCCUGCCCUCGCCGCGCACAACAAUAGCGGGAAGUGCAGGAGCAACUGUCAUAGGCUUGUCAACGAACUCGCCAAAUGUGGAAGGCACAACGUUGGGAUCAGGACCGACUGCGCAGACAGUUGUGACAUCUUCUGGAUCGCAACAAGUAGGUGUUGUAGGGGGAGUCCUUUCGACAUCCAAGAACUGUUUUCAAUCGGACGCCCAAGAAUCACCGCCGAAUCAAAACCCGGCAAAUCGCAGCCGAAAUAAUUUAAAUAGCAAUCCGAGCACACCGCUGUCUCAUUUGUCUCCCAAGGAAUUGGAUACAUUUGCCCAGUCAUCAUCUGCAGGUGAUAACAUUAAAAGUCGACGACCCAGCCCAAGCCAAGGUGGUCCACCAAGGUCUCCGCCGGGAAACAGCCUAAUUGAAUCCAAUAUGGAGGUCCGCUUUCCUUCCUCAUCUAGUCCUGGUGUGAUCUUCAAUCCUCAUCCUCCACAUUCUCAUCCCCAUCCGCAUAUGCAAAGCAAUGCCAAUUCAGCAUUAAAUGCUGCCUACAAAGUAAACACACCGAAUAUACAAUUAGAGCGUCAAAUUUCUGGAGGAUCUGUUCAGUUCGCUCGCCGUUCAGACAACAUACCCCUAAAUCCCAAUAGUGGCGGCACUCUUCGUCCGUCGCCGCAAAACAAAAUGUUGUCCCAGAGCUUUGAUCCCAUCUCUUCGCUGGCUCAGAUGUCUCAACAGCUAACGAGCUGUGUGAGCAGCAUGGGAGGCAGUCCCAGUGGCGGUGCUUCUUCCGCUGGUAUGAAUAUGAACAUCCCGGAUAUGAACAUGGAGCAUGCGUUGCUAGCAGGCCUGGAUACUGCCUCUAGCUUGGAUGCACUUAAUCAGACCAAUAGCUGUCAUCCCAUUAAUCCGGCAAUGAUGAAUUCGAUGGGUCAGCAGCGCCUGAUAAAUGCUAAAAUGUGUGGCCCCGGUCCAAAUUUUAAUCCAAAUUCACCCAAUGGCCUUGGUUCUGGUCCGAUGCCUGUGCCUGGCCCCGGACCCUCACCAGCUAACUUUCAAGGCCAAGGUGGUGCUCCACCCGGUGCCCGUUUAAUGGGCCGAAUGCCUCUGAAUUUCGGUUCAAAUUUUAAUCCAAAUAUUCAGGUAAAGGCCAGCACACCGAACACCAUACAGUAUAUGCCAGUGAGACCGCAAAAUGUUAAUAAUAAUAACACUAAUAACAAUAAUGGAGGAGGAGGAGUAGGAACUGGAGGAGGAGCUGGCAAUGUACGAAUGCCGCCUAGCCUGGAGUUUCUUCAUAGAUAUGCCAACCCACAAAUGGCUGGAGGAGGAGCUGCUGGCAACGGUGCUUCGAUUGAUGGUGGGCCGGGAAUUAUGCCAGGUAUGCCAGGGAUGAUGGUGGGUCCUCCUGGGGCCGGUUCCAUGCUUAUGGCUUCACCCACCGAACAGCAGCAGAAGAUGGCCAACAAUCCUGGCAACAACUAUUUUCAAAACUGCAAUCAACAGCUUGCUAUUAUCGAGGAGGAUGGCGGAGGUGGAGGACUUGAUCCUGGCAUGAUCAUUGGCCAUCAGCCUUCCAUGAUACGGGGCAUGCGUCCCCAUAACAGCAACAUGUUGCGUCCCCAUGUUAUGGGUCCACGACUACAGCAGCCUGUUGUUAACAGGCAGCUACCGUUUACAGGGCACGGAGCUGAUCUGGAUUGCAGUAGUGCAGGGGAUCCCACAGCCUUCUUUAACAGUGCCAACGGGCCAACAGCUGCCUUAUUGACAGCCUCGCAACAGCAGCAACAGCAGCAGCAGCAACAGUCUCAGCAGCAGCAGCAGCAGCAGCAGCAGUCUAAGUCUCAGCUUCUAAAGACCAUAAUGCCAGCGGGAAUGUGCCAGAGCCAGGCGGGAGGAGUUGGGCAGAUGCAUCAGCUACAGGGACAAGGGCUGGGACCGGGACCGGGACCUGGAUCCAAUAAUAAUAACAUAAACGUACCGUCUAACGGUGGAGUAGUUUCCAAUGUUAAUUUCGUGGGACCAUCUUCAAACGAUCUGAAGUACGCGCAGCAAUAUCACAGCUUCCAGCAGCAGCUUUAUGCCACCAAUACAAGGAGCCAACAGCAGCAGCAACAGCAGCAGCAGAUACAGCAGCAGCAAGGAAAUAUGCUAACAAUGCCUCCAAAUUUAUCACCAAAUCCAGCAUUUUUUGCUACUAAAUAAAGUUAAUAGAGCAGAGAA